UCUUGCCGUAAAGCAGCUCUGCCUGCGGAGCGGCGCAGUCGUCCUUGGGAGGGCAGUGGCGAUGAGCGGGACUGGCGUGCAUGGGGCUCUGCAGCUACUGCGGUCGCUGCCUAAGGUCAGCUUGGCCAACCUGAGGCCCAGCCCGGGUUCAAAAAAGCCGGAGAGAAGACGUGGCCGUGGACGAUACAGAGGUAGAAAGUGUGGUCGAGGUCACAAAGGGGAAAGACAAAGAGGAAAUCGCCCCCGGUUAGGCUUUGAGGGUGGCCAGACUCCAUUUUAUUUGUCCAUACCAAAAUACGGGUUUAAUGAGGGACAUAGCUGCCGACGUCAGUAUCAUCCGCUCAGUCUUCAGAGGCUGCAGUACCUGAUUGAUUUGGGUAGAGUUGACCCUACACAGCCGAUUGACUUAACACAGCUUACUAAUGCCAGAGGUGUAACAGUGCAACCUCUCAAACGGGAUUAUGGUGUCCAGCUGGUGGAGGAGGGUGCUGAUAUCUUUGCAGCAAAAAUAAAUAUUGAAGUGCAGAGGGCAUCUGAAUUAGCAAUUGCAGCUAUAGAAAAAAAUGGAGGUGUUGUUACAACGUCGUUCUACGAUCCAAGGAGUUUGGAGAUUUUAAUUAAGCCAGUCCCAUUUUUCCUGCGUGGCCGGCCUAUUCCAAAGCGAAUGCUUCCCCCUGAAGACCUGGUGCGUUACUACACAGAUGCCAAUAAUCGUGGGUACCUGGCAGAUCCAUCUAAGGUUGCAGAAGCCAGACUUGAACUUGCCAAGAAGUAUGGUUAUACCCUACCAGACAUAACUAAGGAUGAGCUCUUCAAAAUGUUAAGUAUGCGCAAAGACCCUAGGCAGAUAUUUUUUGGUCUUGCUCCAGGAUGGAUCGUAAACAUGGCAGACAAGAAAAUUCUGAAGCCAACUGAUGAGAGGCUGCUAAAAUACUAUAGCUCGUGAUUUCAGGACUGGAGACAACUGCAGGUGUACAGGAAACAUCUGGAUAUGAAAUAAUGGAUACAAAGUGGUGUUUGUUUUUUUUUUUAAGACUCCUGUUACACCAGACAAAACAGAAGUUUUUGUUUAUGUAAUCUACUGGCGUAGCUUUUGCUCUUUUUGAUUGUCAGAACACCGUGUAUGAAAAAUCUGAACAUUUGGAAGCACUGUGGAGUCUGAAAUAAAGCAUGUAUUUGGGCAUUUUCUCUUGCUAUUAUUUGCCUAUUAUAUUUUUUGCAGAAAAAAUAGUUUGGCACUGUACGUUUCAGUGGAUGUUUCUGAAGAGUAGCUUGACUUAAUAAUUAGUUUAUAUUUGGAUUUCCCUUCAAUCCAAAAAUCUGAAAUAUUUUAAAUUGUUAUACAGCAUUCCAAUUAAUGUUAUAGAAAAUGUUACCUUGAACACUUCCAACACAUAAACCAUCAGUUUUUCUUGGAUGGCGAAAAUAAAAUAACACUGGAAACCAUCAAAGUACAGAAGAAUUCGUUAACCUCUUCAAGUUCAUAGCAAUGUUCUGGAUUUUGACACUGCUAAAAAAUCACAAUUUGCUUCUUUUUCUUUUUUUUUUUUUUUUUUGUCUU